GCGGCGCGUACGCCUUGUGCACGUCAACGUGCGAAGCGGAACCUGCCCCAGCCUGUGCACUUUGUCGACUUCUGUCGACGUCAGUUCUCAAGCAAGCAUGACCGCAACAAGCCCAACCAUCCAAGCAAUUCUUGACGCACAAGCAUUCCUCGACCGCACGCUGUCGUUGCGCCGGCACGAUCCAAUCGGUACCAACCAAAUUGCGAGCAUCGCGAUUGCCAUUGCGACGGGCGCGCGAUCCCCUGACGGAAUUCAAUUCUUUGUGGUUGGUGCCGUCGAUGACACCCGUGAAUGCAACGUUGUGAAGGCGUUUGCAAUGUACAGCACGUCCCGUGGGGUGUUUUUAAGCCCCGCCAUGACCCCCGACGAAGCCUCUGCGGUGGGCGAACAUGUCGCAAUCACGGUGGAGCCGUUGCUGUUCGAAGUCACUGGUUCCAAUGCUGCUACGACAGCGUUUAAUGCUGCGUAUUGCCGCAAUCGACGCUCGUUGACCACUCCAGUUUGGCAGGAAAAUUUGCUGUUGUAUGUCCUGGGGACGCUGCGACUUCCUUUGUCCGUGGCAGGCACGAUGCGCGUUGCAAGUGCGGAACACGACUCGGAUCUUGUCACCGCCUGGUCGACUGAGUUCUUUGAAUACAUCGGAGCCCCUGCGCAAGAUGCCGUUCCUUUUGCAGCCGCCGGACUGAGGCGCCAAGCAAUCUUCCUAUGGGAGGUAGAGGGGAAGCCAGUAGGCUUUGCCGGAUUUGCCCCCCCCGUCACAGUCGAAGGCGAAACCGUGUACCGCAUCGGCCCUGUGUUUGUAUCAUCGACGGAGCGACGCAAGGGGUAUGCGUCAGGUCUGACGGCAGCUCUGAGCCAGCACUUGCAAGCGAUGAAUUCGUCUCGAAGCUCGCGCGUGUGCCUUUUCGCCGAUGCUGCCAACCCAGCCUCGAACAAGGCAUACCAGAACGUCGGGUUUGAGUUGCACAGCCAAUCUGUCGCGUAUUCUUUUAAGACCACUGCAGGCGCCACGACGUAGGUUGUUCGAGUCGAUAGGAAGCAAGGAAAGCUCUAAUGCAGUCGUCCUUGCAAAUUGUUGGCAAAUAGAUCGCAGUCAUGCUCGUGA